AUGCGAACCACCAGAGCCUCAUCAACAGAGAAAGUCAAAAGGUGGUUCCGAAAACGCUCACGGUCUGGGAACUCCAGUUCAGUAGACAGCAAAGGCCUUUCGGGCACAGGUAGCUCUCUUGAGGCUCCAGGGUCCGAGGAUACUAGCUCUUUAGCUGACACGGAUUCUUUUGUUUCCGAUGGGUCGUACGCUAACACGGCGCCUACCAUCAGUCCCAACAGAGCAACUGACUCGGCUGAAACCAUAGUCAGUGAGGCGAUACAUGAUGACUCAACUGGUUUAAAAGAAACUAGCUUGGCCAAGAACGAAGUGAAUCCAUGGAAACAGGCUGCGGAUUAUCUUAACGAUGAUGAUCGAGAGAUCCUUGAACGAAUCAAUGCACAUGAUGACAGCGACACAACAUUUGCAGAUCUGCGAGACUCCAUUACCAAGAAGCAGAAGAUAUCACAGGAGAAAUCAUGGAAGGUCACAUUCGGUGGCCGUAGGAUCGUACUCCGAGAUGUCCUAGCCAAGAUGGUGACUUGGUUGGAUUCGUUCAAAGCGAUCGGAGAUUUAGUCUCGCAAGCCGAUCCGGUGCAUGCUGGUUUACCAUGGUUAGCGAUCAAGAUCGUACUCUCUGUUCUGACGACAGACCAGGAACAGAUGGGACUGAUCGUCAUUGGCAUGGAGCAGGUGGUAUGUCUCAUCGCAAGAUGCAGAAUCUACCAUCAACUCUACUUAGAGGAUGUGGUACAAACGUCGAAAGUGCAGCAUCAGGCCAUCAGUCGUCUAUCUAAUGCCAUGGCUCGACUUUAUGCAAAGAUGACUUCCUUUCUCGCAUAUUACAUUCGAUUAUUGGAUCUCAACGGUGCUACAAGAACAUUAAAAGCCUUUUGUCAACCAGGUGAGGUAUCCGAGAAACUCAAGGAGAUUGGAGCCUUGGAGACCCGAGUCACGACUGAAGCCAACAUCUGCCAGGGCGCUAUUGGUAUUUCAGCCUUCCAAAAGAUCGAUGAAAACUCAAAGGUUGCCAGACAGCAACUUAGAGAAAUGGCUACAAGUUUUGAUGGGGAAAUGAUGCGGCUCUGGAAGCAUCUGAAUGAAGAUGAACGAUGCAAGAUUAUCCAAUGGGUCUCGGAUAUUCCUUACGAGAGCGACCAUUACAUCGCCAGCAAGGGGAGGGUGGAUGGCACCGGAGAAUGGCUCCUCUCUCACGAGGUUUACGCAACAUGGCGACAGUCUGAUACAUCUACUCUACUGUGGCUCAAUGGGAUUCCGGGGGCCGGGAAGACGAAGCUAUCAUCCCGGGUUAUCGAUGAUCUUUUGACGACAUUGCCGACCGAGACUGAGAAGAAUACAGGUUUUGCAUAUUUCUAUUGUGAUCGCAACCGGGCUGACCAUAACGAGCCCGUUGCUAUCAUGCGAAGCAUUGUGCGGCAAUUAUGUGCUCCUCGAGGCGAUCAUAGUAUCGAAUCGUGCAUCGAGGAACAGUACCUCAAGAGGAAGGUAAAGGGCUUUUCUAGCGACAGGCUUGUUGCGGAAGAAUGCAAAAAAUUGCUUCUCCAACUUGCUGCUGGAUAUAGCAGUAUUUACAUCGUGGUAGAUGGCCUGGACGAAUGCGACCGGGGUACAAGACAUAUCCUCAUGGACCUCCUCGAUGAAAUGAUGGCCAAGUUCGAACAGUCCAUUAAAAUCUAUAUCGCGAGUCGUACGGAUCAGGACUUGAGAAAACGCUACCACAAGGGAACCCAUCUCGAGGUAACUGCCAACGAUAACCAAGCGGAUAUCGAGAAGUUCGUUUUGAACAAGAUGGACCAGAGUGAGUUCUGUCGCAACAGAUUAUCUCAAAAGCUUCGAAACAAGAUCCUGCGCACGUUCCAAGAUAAGAGCCAAGGCAUGUUUCAGUGGGCAACACUUCACAUCGGAGAGUUGCUGCAACUAGAGAGAAACGCCGAUAUAGCGGAGUAUCUUGAUGGCUUACCAAGAGGUCUCGAGGCUGCGUACGAUAAGAUUUAUGCUCAGAUUGUAAAUCAGAUCGGCAGUAAAAGAAAUGUUGCCUUUGCAGCUUUCCAGAUUGUCAUGGUAUCAUGCAGACCCCUGCAUCCCCUCGAGCUUGCUAUCGCCGUUGCUCAACAUCCCUCCCAGAGGUUUAUCCUGGAUCGAGACGUUGAUGUUGGGUAUGUGCUCGAUGUCUGCCAGAAUCUACUGGUCGUUACAGAUGGAUCUCAGGAAAGAGCUGUUCCUGUAGACCCAGUAACAUGGCCUGAACUCGAUGGAUAUCUCGCCAAAGAGGUUAAAGCUAUUCGUCCAUCUGUCUCAACAGGGACAUGGGAAAAUGACUUUGGCCUUACGAGAGAUUCAAUCUGUAGAUUUGCACAUCUUUCAGUUCAAGAAUAUCUGGAAACAAAGCACUGGAGCUCCAUCGAGGCUCAUAGCUUUAUGGCUGGAAUCUGUCUUAGAACACUGCUUUGUCUCACCUUACCGGACGAGAUUGAAGAGGAACAGGAAGACAUUCAUGAAAGAGAUGAUGAGGAAAGUUGGAAUGACCUUGUCAUUCUUCACGUGUCGCAGUUCGAGGAGAGGAAGGUUGUCGAGAUAAUACCUCCUGAAGAGGAGGACCACCAAACAAUGCUAGAUACGUCCCUAUCAACGACAGCCGACACCGAAGUCAUUGAGGAGGUUUCUGCAAAUGAAAUGAAGGCCACAGGACCCCGAUUCGAGCCUCCGCCUUUCAAGUGCUACCUGGACUGGACAGAACCGCACAGCCAUGACGAUAAUCAAUCGUGCUAUUCCCAGACAUUUGAGCCAUUCUUAGAGAGCUAUGAAGGAUCACCACUAGAGACGUGGGCCCUAUACUGUGCAGCUUCCAUUUCACAACAUCUGGCUAUUGUUAGUGGCCAUUCCCGACAAGCUUUCACUUGCACUAUCAAGUCCUUGGUGGAAAAGUUUCUUGGUACACCUUCUAACUCAGCCUCAUCAUAUAGAGCAUGGGCUCGUCUCGCUCAAAAUUCAUUGUCCCAGGGCAAAUACAGCAGCAAUGAUCGCAUAAGGGCUACGUAUAAUCUGUCAAAUUACGACAACCCAAAAGCAGUUAUUCGACCACACACUAAGCCAGCAUUUGGCUGUGCUAUACUUGGCCUUGAUGAAGUACUAGAUAGUUGGCUUAGUGAUGGGCAGCUGGACCCCAACGAAUGCAAUGUUCAGGGCGAUAGUUUGCUUCACCUCGCAGCUCUGUUUGGCCAUACAGACACUUGCAGAAUCCUCCUUAAACACGGGGCUGAUCCAAAUCUGCCCACACUAUCGAUUCUUACACCUCUUGGCCUAGCGAUAGGUCACGAAGAGGUUGACUUAGUACGUCUCUUGGCGGAAAAUGGGGCGGAUCUUAAUGCCACUAUUACACCCGUGGGUAAACGGCCACAAGAUUGGAGAGGCUCGAGAGCUCCGCCCUUUUACGUCCCAAUUCUCGAGACAGUCAUGACUGGCAAAGCAGAUAUAGUCAAAGCCAUAGUCGAUGCCGCCAAGUCGACAUCUUAUACCGGCCAGCCUCUCCACCUCGAUGGGGCCCUCAAAGAAGCAGCAAGAGAAUGCAGAGCGGAUCUGGCGGCCCUUCUGCUCUCGUACGGCAACAAUCAGGACUGGGACCGCUAG